AUGAAAUUCCUGAAAGAAUUGACAAAACAGUUGAGAGUGUUAUCGCUGUUAAGACCUCGCAAUCGAUUCAAUGACAGAAUUCCCGAUUCCGUGUUAUUACUGAUUGUGAGUAAACUGAAUGUAAACGAGAGGAUAAAACUACAGUUAGUCUGCAAAAAGUGGGAACAAAUAAUCCAAUUGUCACUCGAGAGACAACCGGUGCUAAUGAUCAGCGACGAGCGCUACUUCCCAUUGAGACAGUGUCUGAUGGAAAGCCGUCUGAGCGCCAAACACAGCAAACAAUUUGUCAUAAUCGCAGACAAUGAGAGAUUUAUUACGGAAAAUGUUUUGCAAAUUUUCCGCAACGUAUCGACAAUUUGUUGGACCACUAAAUGCUUGGAAACAGAGUUUCGCGCAAUGAUUGAUACGAUUGGCAAACAUUGCAAUCAUAUGAGUCUCAUAAGUGUUUGUCUGUUUGACAUCUCGACGUACGAGUCGACAAAAAUAAUAAAUAUGGAUAGCAAUGAGAAAGCGUUACAAUUGCUGCUCAAUAAGUGCCAAAACUUGCAAAACUCGUCACUACUAUAUAAGGAAUACCAUUCAAGCCAUACAUCCAGCGUUUUGUUUGAAGGCUAUGCCAUCGAGAACUCAAACACCUCCAGCACCGAUGCCUCUAUCAUACACCCCAGCCCUACAUUCCCGCCACUAUUGGGACGUAUGGCCGGACAAACUGAUGCGCGACCG